AUGUGUACAAGAUCUGUGAUCUAUCGUGGUGCCAUCUUGCACACAUUCGUUCUCCACCUAGGUGGUAGAGCUCGGUGCCCAAAUUUCUUCCUCAGCCUUGAAUUGCAAAUAGUCCCUCAAAUGACGAGGAUGAAGGUCUUGACUCCAUUCGGCAACCACAAUCUUCCAAGGGUGUCCUCGAUGACCACGAACGGAAGUCUCGACUGCUGGGAGGAUUGCAGGGCCGCGAGACUUAAGACUAACACUCUAAAUUUCACGACUUCUGGUGGAGCCAUUCGCAGCUAUCUGCUACAUGUUCCCACAACUUAUAACAUCAAAACUCCUGCACCCGUUGCUUUCUCGUACCAUGGCAGAGGAGCAUCACCACAAGAAGAGCAAGAUAUCUCAGGCAUGUCCAAUGAAGCCUUCAAUCCCAGCUACCUUGUUGUUUACCCACAAGGUAUCAGCUUGCAGUGGCAGGGUGAUCCGGAUGCUGUAGGAUAUGACGAUGUUGGUUUUACGCUUGAGCUUUUGGCCAACUUGUCAAGUACUCUCUGUAUCGACUCAUCCAGAGUCUACGCUGCAGGCAAAUCAAAUGGUGGCGGAUUCGCUGCCAACGUACUAGCCUGCGAUCCUCAGGCCUCGCGAAUAUUCGCAGCAUUCGCCGGAGCUUCUGGCGCAUACUAUCCGGGUGCGACGGACGCAAAUUGUAAUGGUGACGUGGUUCCUCUCACGUGUAAUCCAGGUCGCUAUCCUAUUCCGCUUUUUACGACCCAUGGCGAUUCAGACGGUGUGAUUCCCUUCCAGCAACUGGGUGCCCACUACUUUGUCCGUGGUCUCGGACAUACUUGGCCUUCCAUUGCUGCUGGGUCAUUGUUUGACGCCACGCCUCUGCUGCUUGCCUUCUGGAAUAAAUGGACGCUAGACACAACUCCCUACAAUUUUGCCAAUGCCUCUGUCACUACGCCUACGAUUUCCUCGACCACGCGUGUAUCUUCUUCAGCUACUUCGACCUCCAGCAUAUCAGCAGCAAGUUUGUGCCCCUCAGCGAACGAUCAGACAGUCACAGACUCCAACGGAAACGUCUACAGAGUUGCAUGUUCUGCAGACAACAGCAUUGGCUCAUACUCCAACGCUCAAGCUUCUACAUCGUACCUUGACUGUAUGACUGCUUGCGAUGCAGCUAUAUCUGCGGGCUGCGCGGGCUUUACAUACGUUGGCGGCGUCAAUGGUCAAGGCUCAGGGACGUGCUAUCUCAAGAGAAGUAUGGGCAUCUACCCAGCAGCAGGCAGCAAUACGAUCUCCGCAGUCAGAUUAUCUGGUGGUUCGUCUGUCAGUAAUGCUCCAGCUGCGAGCUCCAGCACAUCAUCAACUACUUCAGUCGGUCCGGGUUCGUUAUCUGCUGCUCCAAGCGCCUCGGCGUUGUCAUGUCCUGCAUCUAAUAAUCAGGUCUAUACUCAUGUGGCCAACGGAGCUCAGUUUGUGAUCGAAUGUGGCAUCGAUCAUUCUGUCGGUAAUAUGGCUAGCACCUCCGUCAAGAACCUUGAAGGAUGUAUCGCAGCUUGCGCAACUACGACUGGCUGCGUUGAUGUGUCGCUGUCUGGUUCAGCCUGUCACUUGAAGAAAUCUCUUGGAGCGGUAGUUAACAGUGGCGGCAUCUUGGGUGCCAGAUUUGUCGGAUUUGCCCCGGUGACCUCGACGAGCAGCACCUCAAUUUCGACGAGGUUUACCCUCCAACUUGCACAGCUAUCAACACCAAUAUCUAUGCCGUGGCAGAUGACAGUGGAAAACCUUACCUGUUCAUGUGUGGUGGAGGAUCAGCAGGAGGUACAGCUUUCACCAUCGCCAAUGUCGCAAACUGGACAGCAUGUUUCCAAGCUUGCGGCAGCUACACGGGCUGUACUGGAUUCAGUUACAAUCAAGGAGCCAACUUUGGCAAUGGUGUAG